AUGACAGCUUGCACUGCUACUGCUGCUACUCCGAGUAUCACUAUCACCGCCGCCACCACCACCGCCACCACCACCGCCACCACCACCGCCACCACCACUGCUGCUGACGGUGAGCGCCCCAACUGCGCGGCAUGCGUCAACUACCGCUCCGAAUGCCACUACUCGUCGGCCACGCCGUCCGAGACCAACUCGCAGGCCCUCAAGCGCCGAUACGACGAGGUGCGCCGCGAACGAGACCUGUACCGCGACCUGUACGACUGUCUGUGCACCGUGCCCGACGUCCGGGCCUUCGACAUGCUGCGUCAGAUACGGGCCCGUACCGCCAGCCCCGCCGCCAUCCUCAGCAGCCAGGCCCACGAGCAGCAUCCCGGCGACGAGGCCGGCGCCGGGGCCGACGCCAGCCCUCGGCCACCUCCGCGGGCGUCGACGUCGCUCACCGUGGUGCCGGGGCUGGACGUGCAGCAGCUGUGCUACGAAUUCCCCUACAGGGCCGCCAUGCCCCGCGCCAUUGAGCGUUCGCCAAGCGUCUACCUCGACUCGGUGCUCUACCAGAUCGUCCACGCCGUGUAUCAGCACCGAGGCGCUGAAUCCGAGAGGAGGGAUCAGUGGGAGCGGCAGCUCAAGACCUUGGCCGUGCAGCAUCCGCCGGCCUACCUGAGACCGUACCACACGGCACGGCACAUCGAUUCGCGCCUGCGCCUCGUGGAUGUCAGCCGGUGGACGUCGGUUAUUAGCGACAGUGCCCUGUUCGCGUCGCUUGUAUCGUCGUAUCUCGUCUACGAGCACCCUUCCUCGCCCGUUCUCCAGCAAGAUAUCCUCCUCGAGGCCAUGGUCAGCGGAGAUGAGCGCUUCUGCUCGCCUUUGCUGGUGAACGCCCUGUUGGCCAAGGCUACUCACUGCUGCCUAGAUGUCCCCGAUCGGAGAAAGUACUGGGACCCGUCGAACCUGUCGUACGCCUUCCUCGCCGAGGGGAGACGGCUAUGGGAACUGGACGGUCACAAGGACGACCUCGUCACCGCCGAGGCCGCCGUCCUCUUGUACAUUACCUACACCCACGACGGGCUCGACAUCAUCUCCCACCGGUACCUGGAACGGGCGUUGGCCAUAUGCGUCGCUCUAGAUCUUUUCCGCGCCAGGCCACCUACCAUGGAUCCCAAGAUGGGGCAGGCCAUGGACUUCCUGGCGUGGAGUAUAUAUCGGUGGUCAGCAGUGUACAGCUACUACUUCCAGACAGCACCCCUCAUCAAGACCAUACCCGAGAUCGUACUGCCCGACCCGGAAAAGAACCCGACGUGGUACGGCGACUUCUACCUGCUCUACCCGCUCAGCGACACGCCAUUCUCGACCUACCACGGCCUGCUGUUCAGGGCCGUGUCGGAUCUGCGAGUCAUCGUGUGCGACAUUGGCCAGACGGUCUUUUCCAAGGGGGGGCCACCUGCUCUCCCGGCCGAAAAGUACAUGAGUCUCCUGGGGAGGAUGGAGGCUUGGUUCGAGUCUCUACCUGGACCGCUGACACCGAAGCAUAUAAUCUGGCCGGCGCAGAUGACGAUGCAUAUGGAGUAUUUUAUCGUCGUGUCAACAAUGUCGCGCAUGUCCAUCGUAGAAGAUGCCGCCUCACCGUCAUGCACCCCGUCCCAGCGGCGACGCAACCUCGAAGCAGCACGCAGACGCGCAUCCGACACGCUCUCCCUCGCCCUGGUGCACCUCGAAACGCUAGCACGGCUAUACUACCUCCGACACUCGUAUUCCCACUACGACCCGCACCUGACACAGGUCUUCUCCACUCUAGCCCGAUACAUGAGCAUGUCACGCGGCAUCAACUCCACCACCGCCAAUACCGAUACCAACCCCAACAUGGCCAGCACUAGCAGCACGGACACCAGCGGCAGCACCGGGGUAACAGCGACGUCAACAACCCCCGGCAGCAACGCCACGGUGACAGGCCAGGAGGAAGAUGCAGAGGAGCAUAUCAGGUCCACCCUGGUCCUGUGCUUCAAGGGCCUGUCCGACCAGGGAUGCCACAACAACCUCGCCGCCGUCGUGUGCAGGCUCCUCCUCGAGCGGCAGGCGCCCGACGUCGUCAGGCUCGUCAGCCCGUACAUACGCCCCGACGUGGUUGCCGACGAGGAUGCCAUAGGGAGGGCCGUCAGGUCCGCUUACCCCCUGUACAUGUCCGGUGCUGGGGACGAUCCCGAUGAUGCUAGGUUGGAGAAUAUCUUGAAGAGGUAG